AGGAGAUCUCGGAGCAGGUCGUACAGUCCUGAUUAUAGGCAUCGCCGGAGCCACAGCCGGUCGCCCAUGUCCAAUCGCAGACGCCAUAUUGGCAAUCGGGCUAACCCAGAUCCUAAUACAUGCCUGGGGGUGUUUGGACUGAGCCUGUACACCACAGAGCGAGAUCUGCGGGAAGUUUUUUCUAGAUACGGCCCUCUUGCUGGUGUCAACGUGGUGUACGAUCAGCAGUCAAAUCGCUCCAGAGGCUUUGCCUUUGUCUACUUCGAGAACGUUGAUGAUGCUAAAGAGGCUAAAGAGCGUGCUAAUGGAAUGGAACUGGAUGGACGCAGGAUCCGUGUUGACUUCUCCAUCACCAAAAGAGCUCACACACCCACCCCUGGGAUUUACAUGGGGAGGCCAACAUAUAACUCCCGCCGCAGAGACACCUAUAACAGAUCCGAAAGGUAUGAUGAUCAUGAGUUUUACAACCGGUCCAACAGACGGUCUCCUUCUCCAUAUUACAGUAGAGGUGGUUACCGCUCUCAUUCUAGGUCACGCUCGUACUCUCCACGUCGUUAUUGAAGACCCGAUCUAUCCAAACAGCAACUUGUGGGGCAACUGACAUUUGCUGAAGAUUUAUUUUAUAAAAACAUUUUUAGUCACAUUUGUGUAAAGUGUUUCUUUGAAGAAAUGUUUAGUGAGAUGCUAACAUGUUUUGGGUGAAGUUCUAAAUAAGCAGCGAGUCCCAAGAGCUUCCUUUUCCUAACCAUGGACAAGUCUGAAGGUAGAGAAGAGGCAGUUACAAUGGUAACAGACGCUGCAACAAGCCUUUGUUGUGUUAGUGCACUAAGACUAGAGCUGCACUGUCCUCAGUGCGUACACACUAACUCACAGUUCUCUGAAUAACUCACAGCUCCAAACCUCUUCUUUAUUCUCAGUCAAUGCUGUGAUCUUUGAAGCACAUUGACAAAUGUGGAGUCAAUUAGAAGUAUGCUUAUAUAUGAAAACAUCUUUUCAGAGCAGUGAUUUUAAUGCUUAACAAACAGUUCUUUUGGUUCCCGAAGAAUUGCCAAAUGAAAUCCAUUUGCUGCGAUCCAGUGGCUUGUGGGGACAAAGAAAAGUUCCCCUGAUUGGUUUUCGCUCUAAACCAGGAGAGAAUUGUAGCCCCAAUCCUGGCCAAGAUGUUGGUAAACAAUCAAGGUGAACUACUGAUUUUUUUUGGUUUCUUUAGAUUGUUAUUUGAUCUUUAAUGAGGCUAUUUUAGUAUCCUGUCAGCAACAUUCAUUCAUAGCCAUAAAUGUUAUUGGUUCAUGUUGUAAAAGGACUUGUGUAGACGGGCAUUUUUGUCCCAGGGCAGAACAUGUGCCACUGACACACGUGUGACAUGCGUUAAAAUACCUGAUACAGAAUGAAUAUUAAACUUCAGCGAGACUGCUUUUUUUCUUUGUA